UAAAUCAACAACCGACGAUGUCUUCGACGUUCUCCGGCGACGAAACUGCUCCGUUUUUCGGCUUCCUCGGCGCCGCUGCUGCGUUGGUCUUCUCUUGUAUGGGAGCAGCCUAUGGGACGGCAAAGAGUGGCGUUGGAGUGGCUUCAAUGGGAGUGAUGAGGCCAGAGUUGGUAAUGAAGUCAAUUGUGCCGGUGGUUAUGGCUGGAGUGUUGGGUAUUUACGGUCUGAUUAUUGCCCUGAUUAUUAGUACUGGGAUUAACCCUAAGGCCAAGUCUUAUUAUCUGUUUGACGGAUACGCUCAUCUUUCUUCUGGUCUUGCUUGUGGUCUGGCUGGUCUUUCUGCUGGUAUGGCCAUUGGAAUCGUCGGUGAUGCUGGUGUUAGGUAACUGUCUGAUCUCUGUUUCUGUACUAGAAUUUCGUUACAUUGUUUCAUCGGACAAAUGAGAAGUUAGUUUCCAAA